CUCUUCGUUCUUUUCUGAGGACAUCAGAUUCUCACCUUCGGCAAAGAUUUUUUCUUCCUUGCGCCCUUGCGCAUGCUUCUCGUUCCAUCUUCAGAAGCUCUUCUCGUAUUGCUACCGCUUGUAGACUAAUUGUUUGCGUCCUUGCCCUCUCCGAAGUGGCACUUUCGUUUACCUUUAGCAACAACAAUAUAACCACCUUUGGCACUUUGGCAGUCCUUCAUCACCCCGUUGAGCUCCUGAACCCAAUCAAAACGUACUAGUACAGUAUCAACAAUGGAAGCUUCUCGUCCUAUUCAGAAUCUGUUGACAGACGCACCUUGGCAACGAGACUCUUUCGUGUUGACGCAGUGGAACACCAACACCGAAGAGAAUCUGUUUGCUUCCGGGAUUGGAGUUGGUCUGCCCCCUUUCUCCUCCUCUGCACUUGAUUCCAACAACAACAAUCCCACAAGCAUCCUUGGGAGCAAUGUCACGAGCACUGGACAGCGUGAAACAAGAUUCACAUACAGGGAUCAUAUGAAUGACCCCGAUGGUGAUUACGCAGGCAAUGUGAGCGUGCUAGCCCUGACCGGCGGCCAUGGCGGUGAUCAGUCAUUCCCUGUUCGCCUUCAUUACAUGCUUAAUGAGCUCGAGAAGGAUGGUCUCUCCCACAUUGUGUCUUGGCAGCCUCAUGGAAGAUGUUUCCUUGUCCAUGAUCAGAAGAAGUUUGUGGAUUUGGUGCUUGGAAAUUGGUUCCGUCAGUCCAAGUACCCAAGCUUUCAGAGGCAAUUGAACAUCUACGGCUUCCAAAGGCUCACAGCCGGACCUGACAAAGGGGGUUACUAUCAUGAACUCUUUCUCCGCUCUAAACCGGGCCUAGCUGCCCGUAUCCUCCGUCAGAAACUCAAGGGAACUGGGACGCGCAAGGCUGCGGUCGCUGCCUUGGAACCAAACUUUUAUCGAAUGUCAUACUUGCCACACUCAAGUAGUGCUCGCUUGCCCGUCACAAGCUCAAACUUUGCCGCGUCCUUUGUCCCAGCCACAAAGGCGGCCUUCUCUGUGGUCACUACAACGCCAGAUGCGUCGCCUACCAUAGGUGCUUCCUCUGCCUUGACCCUCAAGAGUCUCGCUUCAACCAUUCUGGGUCCCGCCGCUUCCGCUCAGGUUGGCUUGGUGCAGCCAUUUCAUUCAACGGGGGCUAGAAAUACUGAUCAGUUGGAACAAAUGCGCCAAUCCAUCGUGCCCAUUCAGUUCUGCACAGCACUGACAGAACGGUCCUCAGUUUCCACCUCCAUUACAGACUACCAGGAUCUGGCAAACAGCCUCUGGAGUGCUGGUCUGCAGUGAGAAUGAAGUCAUCUACUGGAUGCAUUUUUGAAGUCAUUCUAUACUACAUGUACUAGUAGUAAUUUAUUUUGUGGUAUUCUAGACUAAUGCAAGAUUGCAGUAUAGAAUCGAAUCUGAUAGAC